AUGGGGGUGGUCUUCCAGCAGGCGGACUAUGCAUCUGAGGCAGAGGAGACGCAAGAGAAGCAGCCAACAGAAAAACCAAGCACACAGACACAACCAGAGAAGAGGAAGAGGGUAACGGAGAACACACUUAAGGCCAAGAAGAAGAAAAAGAACGAUCAGAAAGAGUGUAUUAUUCCUCAGAAGAAAGAGACUGAGGAUGAAAAGUCAACUAAACCCAAGAAGAAGAGGAAGAAGAAGAAGACCAUUACAGAUGUGUUGUCCUCUUCGGAGCCCAAACCAGGCUGUUCGGCAGACCUGCAGAACCUGGUCACGCAGUACUUUUCAGACAAGCGCUCUGUGAUCGAGCAGGAGGAGCUCCAAUUGCUGGACUCCUGCUUCCUGUCCAGUAAUGACUUAACACACACCCUCUCCUCGUACCUGAAACAGGUUUGUCCCAAGUGGGCCAAGAUUCAGAAGCAGCAUACAGAAAUGAGUUCCGUGGUCCUGCUCAUCGUCUGUAGCUCCGCUCUCCGAACCAUUGAGCUCAUCAAGCAGCUGACAGCCUUUAAGGGUGGAGCCAAAGCCAUAAAGCUUUUUGCGAAACAUAUCAAGAUAGAGGAGCAGGUGAAGCUGCUCCAAAAGGGCGUCAUCCACAUUGGAGUAGGGACACCUGGCAGGAUCAAUGCGCUCAUUGAGAAAGAGGGUUUGAACUUGAAGGCGUUGCGAUACAUGGUUCUGGACUGGAACUGGAGGGACCAGAAGCUCCGGAGGAUGGUGGACAUUCCUGAGGUCAAGCUGGACUUUAUGAAGCUGCUGGAGAAUGGUGUCCUGAAUGGCUGCAAAGAAGACAAAGUCAAAAUUGGACUGUUUUAACUGCACAUUGUAAACGUUGCUGUGGGCUGAUAAUCCAUGGGACGCCUUGAUGUUUAAGGCUACAUACUGAUGUUCCUCACAACAUGCUGAAGGGGCCUCAUCCUGUUUGUUUUCCCCAUUGUGUCUGUGUGAAAUCUGUGCUGUGCUUUUUACUAUUUUCAGAGGCCGUGUCAAAUGUGCUGUGUUGUUUGUUCACUCUUGUAGUCCAACGCGAUGUCCCAGCGUGAUGGAUUGAAUAAACGGACUCAGAAUGAAA